AUGGGUAACUCUCUGUGCUCGUGUAAGAAACGUUGUUGUUUGAUGUGUAUGGACCAAGAAGAGCCAGAAAAACCUCGUAGAGUGUUCAAGUCAGUAUAUGACUACCCUCGCCGAACGCUGAGGGACUUAAAGCUGAAAAAGGGAGACACGCUGGAAGUGAUUGAUGAAACGGAACAUUGGUUAUAUGUGAGGAAAUGUACAAUUAAGGGCGAGAACACCAGAGACUCUAUUUGUGAAGAGGGUUAUGUGCCCAGAGAGUUUAUCAAACCCGCCGACAGUUUGGAGGCAGAGCCGUGGUAUUUUGAAAGCAUCAAAAAGCGAACUGAUGCUAAGAGAUGUCUGCUGAGACCAGAGAAUGGUGAGGGGGCUUUUCUUGUGUGGAAGAGUGAAGAAAACAACCAAUACUACCUCUCAGUAAAGAAUGGGCCCCAUGCCAGACAUUAUAGGAUUACCGAGAAAAACGAUGAAAAAAGGUUCUACCUUGUUUCACGGAAAACGUUCCAAACCAUAUCUGAUCUAGUGUGCUCAUAUUCCCAACAUCAGGAUGGAUUGUGUGUGCAACUCACCAAGCCAUGUGUAAUGUUGGAUACUCCUGCACUGCAUACACUGUCAUUUGAGGAGGAGUGGGAGGUGGAGAGAAGCUCACUGAGAAAGGUGGAAAAGCUUGGCAGCGGGGAGUUUGCAGAGGUGUGGCAUGGGAUCUGGAAUGACACAACAGAUGUAGCAAUUAAAGAGUUCAAAGAUGUUAGCCCUGACAUCCUGACGGAAAUAGCAAUAAUGAAAGAACUCCAUCACGAACGCCUGCUGAAGCUCUACGCCGUGUGCACCGUCAGCAGACCCAUCUGUAUUAUUACUGAACUGAUGAAGAAUGGCAGUUUGAAAAAAUUCCUCUGCAGUCACAAAGAGGCGAGGGAUAUUGAGUUUUCUCUUUCAAUUAACUUUGCUGUUCAGAUUACUGAGGGAUUGACAUACCUUGAAACUAAGAAAAUCAUCCACAGAGACCUUAGAGCUGACAACAUUCUGCUCACUGACAUGCUCUCAUGCAAGAUUGCUGAUUUUGGCUUGGCACAGUUUACAUUCUCAGGAGGUGAGAAAAUAACCAAAGGAAUUAAACUUCCUGUUAAGUGGAUGGCCCCUGAAAUUUUCAGUGGGGAACAAUACACAAACAAAUCUGAUGUCUGGUCUUUUGGGAUUGUCUUGAUGGAAAUCAUCACAUAUGGUGAUGAACCAUACCCAGAUAAAGACAAAUUGUCCUGCAUACGUGAUAUUCAGAAAGGACACCGAAUGGCAAAGCCACUUGACUGUCCUCAAGAACUUUAUGAUAUUAUGUUGCUUUGUUGGGGGACAAAUCCUGCAGAGAGGCCAGCAUACAGAGAGCUCCAGGACAUGCUGAUGACUCUGAUCCCAGAACCCCUCUCUGAACUUGAGUAG